AUGAAUGAAGAUGAUCAUGAUAUUAUUAUUGGUGAAGAAGAAGAUCCUGAUGUAUUAGUACCAGAUGAAGCAUUACGAAUGCCACCAGAGGAUAAAUCAAUAAAAAAAUUGAAAAAAGGUGUUUUUAACAAAGAAUGGUUAAAUUUGAUUGAAUAUCAACCAUUUUUAAAAGAAUAUAAACCUGAUCCAUCUCAAGCCACAUGCAUCGUUUGUAAUCAGCAAUUUUCACUGUAUUAUCGUGGUAAAAGUGAUAUCGAUAACCACAUGAAAACGAAAAAGCACCAAAAUAAUAUGAAAUCUUUUGAUGUUAAUCGACAAUUAAUAACAAAAACAAUAAAGCCAUCAAAAGAAAAAGAUGAAGUUGCAGCUGCUGAAGGUGUUUUGGUUUAUCAUGGAGUUAAACAUGGACAUUCAUAUUUAGCACAGCAAUGCACGACCAAUGUUUGUAAAGCAAUAUUUUCGUCCUCAUCAAUAGCAAAUAAUUUGUCAUCUGCUCGAACUAAAUCAACAUGUAUUGCUCUAAAUGUAUUAGCGCCAUGUUUUACAUAUACUUUACUUGAUGAUUUAAAACAAUCAUAUUAUUAUUCUUUGAUGUAUGAUGCUAGUAACAAAGGAAAUAUGAAAGUAUAUCCGUUUUGUGUUCAAUUUUUAUCUACAACAGGUGUAAAAAAAGGAAUUAUAGAUUUAAUAGAUGAUGCUGAAGAAACAGCACUUAAAAUUUUUUCAAAUGCACGUAAAUUAAUUAUAGAUAAUGAUUUGGAUAUUAAUGGAUUAUCAGCACUCGGUGCUGAUAAUACGAAUGUCAACGUUGGUGAAAAUCAUUCUGUUUUUUCUUUAUUUAAUGAUGAAUUUCCUGAUCUCAUCAAAGAGCGUUUAGUACACGUAUGGUUACCUAUUAAAAAAUAUUUUCUUGAACAGCAUGAUAAUUGUCCAUUGGAAUUAAAAAAGUUCUUCGAACUUGAUGAAGCUACAUGUAUACUGAGUUUUUUGCAACACGUUUUGUUCGAACUUCAUAAAAAAAAUCUUGAAUUACAACGUAAUUACACAACAGCUGUUGAUUUAUUCAGAAUCAUCACAUCCAUUAAAACUAAAUUACAAGAACGAAUUGAUUCAGAAUUUUUUGGUGCUGCAUGUCGAUAUAAAUUAAUGCGUUUACCAAUUGAUACACAAAAUAGAUUAAAAUCAUCAUUUAUUAAAUUUUUGAGUGCAAUUAUUGCUUAUAUUGAUUCUUAUUUUGAUAAAAAUAUUACUUUUUAUCAAACAAUUAGCUAUUUUGGUCAAGAAAAUAUCGAAGGUUUAACAUGGCAUCAGGUUAUUCAAUGCGUUGAGAUGAUAAAAUUAAAAAGUUUAGAUGAAGAUCGAUUGUUCGAUGAAUUUACAAAUGUAAAAUCUGUAUUUAAAACACUUUUAGAUCAACCUGUUUCAUUAUUUGACCAAGUUCAAGCUUUCAUAAGAAAACAAAACGAUAUAUCAAAAAUAAAUAAUUGUGUUGAUGAAAAAGAAGAUGAUGAUGAUGAUCACUUAACAACGAACAAAAUAGUUAGAUCUGAUCAGUUAUGGAUGUUUUUAUUUUCAAUUACAGAAUCGCCAAAUUUUAAAAAACUCAUAUGUUUUUUGUAUUCAUUACCAUGUAGUAAUGCUUUCGUGGAAUCUGUAUUCUCACAAAUGAAACAUUUGUUAAAUGACAGAAGAAAACGUAUGACAAAUGAAUUGGUUUCAGCUGAAUUAAAAAUACGUUUCAACUCGACCUUAUCAUGUACUGAGAUGUAUAAAUAUAUUUUAUGCAAUCAAGAUUUGUUAAAAGCUAUUAAGUCAGAUGAAAAAUACACAUUCAAAAAAAAACGUAUUCAAUAA